AUGGGGUUGUUUACUAUUUUGAAAAAGCUUAAACAGAAAGAGAAAGAAGUCAGGGUGUUAAUAUUAGGAUUAGACAAUGCUGGCAAGACAACCAUUGUAAAAAAAUUUAAUGGUGAAGACAUAAACAGUAUAUCUCCAACAUUAGGUUUUAGUAUUCAAACACUAGAACAUAUGGGUUUCAAAUUGAAUAUAUGGGAUGUUGGUGGACAAAAGUCUUUACGAUCAUAUUGGCGAAAUUAUUUUGAAACUACUGAUGCAUUAAUAUGGGUUGUGGAUAGCUCAGAUCGUCUUCGUUUAGAAGAUUGUCGGAUAGAACUAUCUAAACUGUUAGUUGAAGAACGAUUAGCCGGUGCUACUUUACUUGUGUUUGCUAAUAAACAAGAUUUAUCUUCAUCAUUGAAAUCAUCACAAAUACGUGAAUUAUUACAAUUAGAUAAGAUAACAACACAUCAUUGGUUAAUUCUUGGUUGUAGUGCAGUAACUGGAGAGAAUUUACUAGAUGGUAUAAAUUGGUUACUUAAUGAUGUAUCUUGUAGAAUAUUCACAUCAGAUUAA